AUGACCGCUGCAAGCAAGUACCGUGGUGCUGUCGUUGAGGACCUCCAACUUCCCCCCGCAUUCGCCCUCCCAUACCAAGAGUCCAUAUCCCGCGCCAUCGAGCUCGCCUAUGAGCGCGAUUUCUCCCACAUCCCUGUGUUGGACAAGAACCGCCGCCCGCUCGGGUACGUCGACGUUGCGCGCCUCAAGGAGAAGUGGGAGGCCGGCCAGGCAGAUCCCUCCUCCAAAGUCCUCCAAUACAUGACCAAGUUCAAGCGCACCCCCGCCGAGCCCUACACCCUCGUCACACCGCUCUCGCCGCUCGAGGACCUCGAGGCCUUCCUGCGCGACAAUAUCUUCGCCCUAGUAACCGACAACGACCGCAAAUUCGUGCUCGCGGUCGCGACGGCCGCGGACCUCGAGACCUUCGUCAAGCGGCGGGGGCUCUAG